UGUUUAAAGGGUUAGGUUUUGGGCAUCAAAAUGGAGGCUGCGAGAACGGUGGAUUGCUACACACACUUCUACCACCGCGUCUCGAAGACUCCGGCCUCAAAGCUGCCACCGCCGUCCGAUCACGCGCAGCCUCAAUCCGUGGUUUCCUUUUUCGUGGUUUCCUUUUUACCUUUUGGUGUAUGUACUCAGUGCUGACUUUGUUAGACAGAUGGAGAGAGAGUAACGAGAGCGAGAAGAAGAAGAAGAAUAAGAAGAAGAGAGUAUGGAGUGGGAGAAGCAAGAACAACACCAUCACCACCGCCACCACCACCAACAAGAAGAACUGGAGCAGAAUGCAAAUGUAAAUGGAAAUGGAAAUGGGGGUGUAUUUUACGUGAAGGUGAUGACGGACGCCCAAGUGGAAAUUCUGAGGAAGCAGAUAUCUGUGUAUGCUACCAUAUGUGAACAGCUGGUUGAGAUGCAUAAAUCACUCACUUCUCACCAAGAUCUUGCAGGAGUCAGACUGGGAAAUCUAUAUUGUGACCCAUUAAUGACAUCUACUGGUCACAAAAUUUCUGCCAGACAGCGGUGGACUCCGACACCAGUGCAGCUUCAAAUUCUUGAGCGUAUUUUUGAUCAAGGAUAUGGUACUCCAAGCAAGCAAAAGAUCAAAGAGAUAACCUCUGAUUUGAGCCAGCAUGGCCAAAUUUCUGAAACAAAUGUCUAUAAUUGGUUCCAGAAUAGGCGUGCACAAUCAAAAAGAAAGCAAUUGAUUACAAUGCCUAACAAUGCUGAAUCAGAAGUAGCGACGGAAGUUGAGUCACCUAAGGAUCAGAAAACAAAGUCUGAGAAUUUCCUCCCCCAACAGAACUCAGCUUCAAGGCCUGAGGAUCUCUGCUUUCAGAACCCCGAGAUAGGCUCUAGAUUGCAUUUCUUAGACCAACAGACCCAUAAAGAAGAAAACAUAUUUCCAUCAGAUGGUGGAAUAAAACCUUCUGGGAAUCCAAGUCAAGUAGCUUUCUAUGCAGGAAAUGAUCACCAAAUUGGGAAGAUGGAGGUUCCAGGGAGCUAUAAUCCAUAUCAACAUACAGAAGACUACAGCAUGACAGGAUGACACUCCUUUGGUCCAUCAUUGUUAUUUUUGUUUUAACUUCCAAGUCAUGUCAGUGAUCAGGGGGCUUUCCCAAUCUUAGAUUGAGGCUGUUGGGCUGGGUUAGUAGAUAUUGGAGUAAAGCACUAGUGUCUAAUCAUGGAAAUAUAUACUGUACCUGAUUGAGCACAGUUGUACACUUUGUAUGUUGAUGAUAAGUGAUAACAAUGAACUGGCUUUCUGGUUAGACAAUGGAACACACCCACAUUAUUUUGGAUA